AUGGCGGCGGGUUCGGAUCUGCUGGAUGAGGUCUUCUUCAACAGCGAGGUGGACGAGAAAGUGGUGAGCGACCUGGUGGGCUCCCUGGAGUCCCAGCUGGCGGCCAGCGCGGCCCACCACCACCACCACCACCCCCACCCCCACAAAACGCCCGAGAGCCGGCCCGGGGCCGCCGGGGCGCUGGGGAACCAUGUUGGGAGCAGCCCCGGAGGGGUAGGAGCCGCCGCCGCCACCGCCGCCACCGCCGCCACCGCCGCCAAUGUCCAGACGGAGGGCAGCAAAAUGGGACCGGCUCAGGAGGUCACAAAAGCAGGGGCCGGAGCAGCCCAAGGAGGUGUUAUUAAUCACAACACGGCCAGGUCUCCGGGUUCGGCUGUGCUGGAUGGAGCCUCCUCCUCUUCCUCCUCUUCUUCCUCCUCCUCCGGGGGCGGCGGGGGCACCGGCACCGGCAGCAGCAGCGGUGCUGGCGGCAGCAGCGCGGCAGGACCUGAAGCCGCCCCCGGUGCCCCCGCCGCGGGCCAGGGCAAACCGGGGGUCAGCAGCGGCGGCACCAUGGCAACCGCCCUGGCCUCCAGAAACGGCAAAAUCGGGCCCAGCGCCGCCGCCAGCACCACCACCACCACCACCACCACCACCACCACCACGGGCCAAACUUUGAACGGGAGUAACGUCGUGGUGAACUCGCACCAUUCAGGAAGUGCUGCUGCUGCUGCUGCUGCUGCUGCUUUUACCGGGACUCCCGCCGCCGCCCCCCUGGUCAACAACGGGCCCGGAUCGGUCGCGCUGCCCCCGGGGAAGGCGAACGCCGUCAACGCCGUUUUGCCUUCACCCUCCUCCAACACUGUCAUCCAGACUUCUUUCCUCAGCCCCGCCGUGUCGUCCUCGUCGUCGUCGUCGUCGUCCUCUCCCGCCCCCACGGUGAUCUCCUCCUCGCAGCCGCCCGCCCCGUCCAGCCUGGGCAGCGGGCCGCCCUCCGUGGCCCUGGUCAGGCCGCCCGUCCACGCGGCCGGACCCGCCGCCGCCUCCUCGGUGGCCGCCUCGGUGGCCACGCAGAACGGGAGCAACACCGUGAUCAAUUCGACCGUCGGCGUGGCGGGGGCCCUGCCCGCCCAGGCCCCGGCCUUGGCCCCGGCCUCCGCCGCCGCCGUGGCCACCGUGGGCUCUGGAGGGGUUGCCCUCCAGUCGUCGCCCAUCGUGAACAGCCAGCCCGGCUCCGGUGUGCCCGUCGCGCCCACCGCCGCCGCCGCCGCCGCGCAGGUCAUCAAGUCAGAGUCUCCCAAGACCAUCGUGCAGGCCGUGCCCCAGCAGCCGGCGCUGGCGACCGGUGGCCAGCCCGGCGCGGGGGGCAACGUGAUCAUUGGGCAGACUAUGCAAGGGGGACUCCCCAAUCCCCCCCCGGCCCCCGGGACCCCCACGGGGAUGGCCAAGGGCACUGCCAGCGCGGUGGCGCAGAGCGUGCCCAGGACGCCGACGGCUACCACCGGUGGCAUCCGAGCCACUUUGACUCCCACGGUUUUAGCGCCCCGUUUGCCUCAGCCACCUCAGAAUCCAACAAAUAUUCAAAACUUUCAGUUACCCCCAGGUAUGGUCCUUGUGCGCAGUGAGAAUGGGCAGUUGUUAAUGAUUCCUCAGCAAGCUUUGGCCCAGAUGCAGGCUCAGGCUCAUGCCCAGUCCCAGCCUCAGAAUACCAUGGCACCUCGUCCUGCCACACCCACAAGUGCCCCCCCAGUCCAGAUAUCAACGGUGCCGGCACCUGGAACACCUAUUAUUGCCAGGCAAGUAACGCCUACAACUAUAAUCAAACAGGUGUCUCAGGCACAGACAACGGUACAACCCACUACAACACUACAGCGUCCACCUGUUGUACAGCCUCAAAUUGUCCUGGGUGGUGCUGCACAGACAACUGCAUUAGGAACAGCCACAGCUGUGCAAACUGGAACUCCUCAGAGAACCGUCCAAGGAGCAACGGCAACUUCUACGGCUGCCACAGAAACUAUGGAAAAUGUGAAGAAAUGCAAGAAUUUCCUAUCUACGUUAAUAAAACUGGCAUCAUCUGGUAAACAGUCAACAGAGACUGCAGCUAAUGUGAAAGAACUAGUACAAAACUUGCUGGAUGGAAAAAUUGAAGCGGAAGAUUUUACUAGCAGGUUGUACCGAGAACUUAAUUCUUCACCUCAACCUUACCUUGUGCCUUUCCUGAAGAGGAGUUUACCUGCCUUGAGACAGUUAACCCCAGACUCGGCGGCUUUUAUCCAGCAAAGUCAACAGCAGCAGCCCACGACACAGGCAACGACAGCACUUACAGCAGUGGUGCUGAGCAGCUCAGUUCAGCGCACAGCAGGGAAGGCCACCGCCACUGUAACGAGUACCCUUCAACAACCGGUAAUCAGUCUAACGCAGCCUACACAAGUCGGCGUCGGCAAACAAGGACAACCAACACCACUGGUCAUCCAACAGCCACAAAAACCUGGGACUUUGAUAAGACCUCCACAGGUAACAUUGACACAAACCCCUAUGGUAGCACUGCGGCCGCCGCACAAUCGUAUUAUGCUUACUACGCCUCAACAGAUUCAAUUAAACCAACUUCAGACAGUUCCUGUUGUAAAACCUACUGUAUUACCUGGAACCAAAGCUCUUUCCACUGUUUCAGCACAAGCCACUGCCGCACAGAAGAAUAAACUUAAAGAACCAGGGGGAGGCUCCUUUAGGGAUGAUGAUGACAUUAAUGAUGUUGCGUCAAUGGCUGGAGUAAACUUAUCAGAAGAAAGUGCGAGGAUAUUGGCAACAAAUUCUGAAUUAGUGGGUACAUUAACAAGGUCUUGUAAAGAUGAAACCUUUCUUCUUCCAGCACCUUUACAAAGAAGGAUAUUAGAAAUAGGUAAAAAGCAUGGAAUAACAGAAUUACAUCCCGAUGUAGUAAGUUACGUAUCGCAUGCAACGCAACAAAGGCUACAAAACCUUGUAGAAAAAGUAUCGGAAACUGCCCAACAAAAGAAUCUCUCUUAUAAGGAUGAUGACAGAUAUGAGCAGGCAAGCGACGUCCGGGCACAGCUCAAAUUCUUUGAACAACUUGAUCAAAUUGAAAAACAGAGAAAAGAUGAACAAGAAAGGGAAAUUUUGAUGCGAGCUGCAAAGUCUCGAUCUAGGCAAGAAGAUCCAGAACAACUUAGGUUGAAACAGAAGGCAAAAGAGAUGCAGCAACAAGAGCUAGCUCAGAUGAGACAAAGGGAAGCCAAUUUAACAGCAUUAGCUGCAAUUGGUCCUAGGAAGAAAAGGAAAGUGGAUUCUCCGGGACCUGGAUCGGGAACGGAGGGAUCUGGCACAAGCGCAGCGGUCCCGGGCAGCUCUGGAGUCGGAACCACCAGACAGUUUACGCGACAAAGGAUAACGCGGGUCAACCUCAGGGACCUCAUAUUUUGUUUAGAAAAUGAGCGAGAGACAAGCCAUUCACUAUUGCUAUACAAAGCAUUCCUUAAGUAAAAUGGAAAAGAUCAAGGUAUUUUUGAUGGAGACGCCUGGGGACGUUUUUAUAUAUUUGCAGAUUACGCCUUUUUGUAACAAGCAAAUGGGAUAUUGUUUGAAAAACAACCACCUCUUUACACGGAACAGUUUUAUAUUCCUGUUUAUAAAUCAGCUCUUCAGUAUGAGAGAAAAAUACAUUUCUGUAACAGUGAAAAUACUUGCAAGGCCUGUGGAUUCUGUUAAAGGACAAUUAAAUCUUGACUCAUCUUUGAUUGAGUGGCCUUCUUGCCAAACAAGCCAUAUAUAAAGACUGAUGGAAUCGUUUAGCAAAUAAUUAGCUAUCCUUUGUCAGACCUGUAACAGUUUCAACAUUAUUUGUGCAUUUUAGUUGUUCGACUCAACUAAACUAAUUACAUAGGUAUAUAUGUCUACAGCCGAUGACCUCAUUUCGUUUUUUAUUUUUAUUUUUUUAAAUAGUCAGUUGGCAAAGCAAACUGAUUUUUAGAUUAUUUAUCUUGCUCCCCUCUCCCCAACGUUCAAAUUCUAGAGGAAUACUCAACUUUAGAAACAUAACCUCAGUUUGUAAUCACAUUACUGCUUAUUAGAGGCCCUGAGAGACCAUAAAGGAGGGUUCCUUCUGAAUGUGUUAUCAGCAUCUGUAAAAAUGCAUUUUAUUUGCUAUAGUUUGUAAAGCUGUAAAGUUAAAAGAAAAAUGAAAACCUUUUCAGCAUAAAUAUAUUUUACUUGCACUGUGUUUUUUUAGCUAAAAAGUGAAAGCUUAGAUUAAAUGAAAUCAAAGUUGAGAGGAAUCAUCAAAAGACUGUUUCUCAGUGUGAAUCAAGUGUUGAAAAAUGGUUGGUGUAUUUUGUCAGUAAUUGUACAUAAUUUUUGGCACAUAACAUAAAAAUGGCUAUGUAAACUAUAAUUAUUUUGCUAAAAGACUGUAUGCAAGCUGUGGGCCAACUUUAAAGAUGUCCAGAGCAAAGUCCCUUCUUUGUACCUAUUUUUUUAUUACAAAUAUACUAAUUGGUUCUUUAUAUUUUCAGAGGUUAUUGUAUUAAAUUGUCUAUUGAUAGUACUUUUAUGACUGUAAAUAUUUUGGCUUUCUUUGUGUGACUUCUCAUGGUAGAAUUUAACUCUCUUGCGUGUAAACUGAAUGCUGAUCAGUAUUUUUAUCAACACCUGACAACUGUUACACCUUUUAUUUUGUCUUUUAGGAAAUCCUGUCUUUCCAUUUUUUCAUGUAAAUUUUGCACAGUUACUUGUUCAUAUGUAAAUAUUUUACUUUCAAAAAUGAAGUUUUUAAUUGCUAUUGUUUUAUAUA